UGGGGGUCCAGCCCUCCUUGUGCUGCUGUACCCAUGUGGUGGACUCCCUUCCCCUGGGAGGGAGCGUGCAGGGGCCCAGUUGCAUAUCCCCUUCCAGAGGAGGGGUCUUCUCGGUGGUUGAUUAACUGGUCCCCAGGUCGGUACUGCAGGCUUUUGUGCUGUGAGGCCAGAACCAGGACAGCUCUGUGCAUAGCCAAUGCCCUGGGAAUGCCUCCAGUGUGCGUGGCUGGUAAAUGCGCUCCGUCUGCCUUGUGGUGCAGAGCCAGGGUUCGGGGCUGUAUUGGGUCAUCGGGAAGAGGCCAUGCCCAAGUCCUUCCCUAUGAAUGCUCGCUUUCCGCUAUGUGUGUGACCACACCUGCCUGUUGCAAUGCAGCGGGUACAACACCAGCACCUCAUGUCUGGCUAACAAGUGGUACUGGGAGUUGUAGCAAUCUCACUUGAGCCUCUCUCUGUCUGCAGCCCAGCAGGAUCAAUAGAUUGGAAGCUGCUGCAUAAGCAGAAAGCUGUGGGUUGUGUUCCCUCCUCCAGCAAUCUGUCAUUCCCAAUUCUCACCCACCGGGGUCUUGUGCAGAUCCUGGAGGGAGCGCAGACCCCGGCCCUGGGCUGUUAACAGGUGUUAUGCAUGCAGGUGCUUUGCCUGCUGCUCCGGAGGGCAUGCUUAGAUGUGGAAGAUGAAGUCAUCUGACAUCGACCAGGAACUCUUCACUGAAAGCUAUUGCAAAGUCUGCAGUGCUCAGCUGAUAUCUGAAUCUCAGCGGGUGGCUCAUUAUGAGAGUCGGAAGCAUGCAAGCAAAGUGCGUCUUUAUUACAUGCUCCACCCCGUCGAUGGAGGCUGUCCAGCCAAGAAGCUGCGAUCAGAAAAUGGCAGUGACAGCGACUUGGUGGAUAAGAACAAGUGCUGCACACUCUGUAACAUGUCCUUCACCUCUGCAGUGGUGGCUGAAUCUCAUUACCAAGGGAAAAUCCAUGCCAAAAGGUUAAAACUGUUGCUAGGCGAACAACCGGCAUUAAAGGCCACAGAAACCACGCUGAGUUCGCUCAAGCAGCCGCACGUGGACAGCUCUCCCGUCGUCCCUUCGCCCCAUCAGAGAAGAGACUCGGACAGAUACUGCCAGCUCUGCGCCGCCUGGUUCAACAACCCCAUGAUGGCUCAGCAGCAUUACGAUGGCAAGAAGCACAAAAAGAACGCAGCCCGGGCUGACUUACUCGAACAGCUAGGGAAGACGCUGGACUUGGGAGAGUUGAGAGGUCUGAAGCGCAGUUACACGUGUAACAUCUGCAACGUCACGCUGAACUCAAUAGAACAGUACCACGCUCACCUGAAGGGCUCCAAACAUCAGACCAACCUGAAGAAUCAGUAAUAGUUCAUUGAUCACACGGCGGGAAAAUUUCUUCUGCAAAGAAGAACAGACUAACCAACAGAGAGAAUGCUUUCUUGGACAAUGAGCAUUGCCUUGGUGGAGUCAUUAAUUAACGCACCUACUCUUCGCUUUGGACAAAUGAAUGGAUUUCCUUUUUUUAAAUUCCGUGGUGAGUUAAAAUGUCUGGAUGGAUUUUUUUACCCGUUCGAGAUAAUAUAAUCCACACGCCGUCUAAAGUAUGACAAAUAUCCUGUAAGAAACAGCAUUUAAGCAUCAUUCAUCCUCAAAGACAGUGGAAACAAUAUUUUACUUUUUUCCUAUUUAUUCUUAGGUUUCUUUCGAGAGUAUAAAGCGGUUCUAUUAAAUUAUCCAUGAUUGUGAUGUAAGCAGUCUUCAACCAGAAAUAAACUUGAUUUCCUCACCUUC